AUGUACGGCAGCGGCGGCAGCAGCGACGAGCGCGCGAACCAGGUCGCGCGCUUCUUCACCUCCAUCGCCGACGUCGUAUACCCCGGCAACCGCCAGAGCGACAUCAACUCGGUCAAGCACAACCUCGAAGUCGAGGCCGAGCGUCUCCGCCAGCAGCGUCUUUCUGGUGGAAAGCCGUCCUCGCAGCCUGGCUCGCACGGCGGCUCGCCCCGUCCCAGCACCUCGGGACCACCUCCGAUUCCCCCUCGCCCCGGCUCGGCGGCAGGCUCGCAGGGCUCGCACUCCGGUUCCCCUAGCAAGCACGCUGCACCCCUGUCUCCCGGCUCCGCCACGUCGCCUUGGCCUCCUAGCACGGCGGCGGAAGCCACCACGUCGACGAUGGUCGAUACCUCGGCCGUGGCAUUCCCUAUCCCCCGCGCCACCGGAACCCCGCCUCCACCUGACGCCAGCACCUUGACUGCUCAGACUGUCCAGCCACCCGCGCCACCGGCCAGCGUCCCUCCUCCCGCCGCGGUGCUGAUCGCGUCGGCCCAGCCGACCUCCGUCUCCGAGUCAGGUACGCCUCACCCGGACGCCGGACCUGCGCCUCACUCGCCCGUUCUGGGCCCCGCUAGCGCUGCCGGCUCACCCUCGCCCCUUCCCAGCCCUAUAGGUCGCGAGCCCGAGAGCCGCCCUCUCCCGCCCCCUAUGAGCCUCGGGGCCGCUAUCGACCAGGCCGAGGCACAGGAGGAGGAAGGACCUCCCCCUUACAUUGAGGACGACGAGAACGCGAGCGUCGCCCCUGAGAAGGUCGAGCUGCUCUCCUCGACUGGGAGCACUCACUCCGCCACACUCGUCGCACCCACCGCCGUGGCGGCCGCCACGUCCACGCCUACCCCUGCUCCAACGGCGGUGACUACGGCGUCAGCUCCCACGCCUGUCCCGGGCGCGGCUCCUGUCGCGCUUACCACGACGACUGCGGCCGCGACGUCCAGCGCGGCUCCUGCCUCGGCUACCCGUGAGCUUCCGGCGGCCUCGACGAUCACACCCGCCGCUCCAGCCGCCGCCUCGGCUGUCCCUGCAGGCUCAGCCCCUGUUGCUCCCACCACUGCGGUCGGGAACCAGGCGCCCCACCUUGACGUGGACUUGACGGCUGGAGACUUCGAGUUCGACCUCAACAAGCUCGACGAGGCGCUUGCCAGCAUGUAG